ACUUCUCCUUUCUGUAUUAUUGUUAUUAUUAUUACUUCUUUUUUAUAAGAAGCAAGGAGAAAACUGAUUACUGAGAUUAAGAUUUAUUUAUUAUGAACAAAGUUUUCCUUUACUGACAAAAAUUAGUUUAGUUUUCGUAAAAAAUGUCGAGGUUAGAAGGAAGAAAUUCCAAAGGUUCCAAAGUAUCGUUUCUGGAAAAGAAAGAAUAACUAAACCAGUUCUUUCGAUUUCGGAGAAGGAAAAUAAAAUAAAGGGCAAAGAAGGGUCCCCGGAGGGAGUGGCAUCCAUACACAGAUACAUUAGUGACUAGAAUUGCGUAUUCUGGAGGGAGUUAACAUUCCAUUCAUGGUUUUAGUCAGUGGAAAGGUGUGUGCGCGUCAGACAGCGAGGGCGAAAUGUUGUAAUGGCCGGAAGAUUACGACGAUCGAGCUGUGAGCUGAAUACAGAACUCUCAUCGCCAACGCCACGUAAAAGAACAAGGAAAUCUGAUGAAUCGGAUAAUAUCGAGUGUGGAGAAAAGUCUCUUGACGUAAGUCUAGAGACAUCGGAAAAAUUAUCGCCAUCUGACGAAUCUGGAAAUUCAUCUGCCGAAGGUUCAUUUAUUUUAUUUCACACACGAAAAUCGGAGCAAAAAAAGGAAAAUACUACAUUAAAACCAUCGAAGGAGGGGAAUUUUUACAUCGAGGAAAAAUCCAUUGAGAGUAAAAAGAAACAUGUGUCGAGAAAUGAUAUUCUUUGUAGGAAAACAAGUUCAUUAGAAGAAGGCUCGUCGAGGGAGAUUAUUGAGUCUGGAGACAGUGGCAUUGGAUCUUCAUCGAGGAGUAAUAAUAGUGAAAUGGGAAGACCAAUUGGAGAACAGGAGCAGACAUCAUUAAUGGGCGAGCAUGCUUUUUAUCAGGAAUUAUCGUUAAUUGGAAAUGGAGCCUACGGCACUGUUUAUAAAGCCAAAGAUUUAACAAGUGGUCAAGUUGUGGCAUUGAAAAAAGUACGAGUCCCACUCACUGAAGAUGGUCUACCGACUUCGACGCUUCGUGAGAUUGCCACUCUUAAACAGUUGGAACGAUUUGAACAUCCGCACAUUGUAAGACUUUUAGACGUAUGCCAAGGGAAUUAUUUGCAAUUACCACUGGAGGAUAAUAGAUCGGAAAGAGUCGAUCGCGGUCUGACAUUGUGGUUAGUUUUUGAACACGUUGAACGGGAUCUUGCCUCUUAUUUAUCAUCGUGCGCUACAACGGGCAUAAAUUCUUGCACAAGACAGCGAAUGUCUAAAGAAAUUCUACAAGGUGUCGAUUUUUUGCACAGUCAUAGAAUUACACACAGAGAUUUAAAACCUCAAAAUCUUCUCGUGACAAGCGAGGGUAGAAUUAAAAUUGCCGAUUUUGGCCUAGCAAAGACGUACGAUUUUGAAAUGAGACUAACAUCUGUGGUAGUGACACUUUGGUAUCGAGCACCGGAAGUCCUAUUGGGAUGUCCUUACGCAACUCCAGUUGACAUUUGGUCAAUUGGUUGUAUUUUAGCGGAAAUAAAUAGACUAAGUCCUCUAUUUCCAGGAACUAGCGAAGGAGAUCAACUCGAUAGGAUUUUCCAAGUAAUUGGUACUCCUCCACGUCAUGAAUGGCCUGAUAACGUAUCUCUCAGUCAAACAGCAUUUCCUGAGAGAAAUGUUAAACCACUUGAUAGAAUAAUACCAAAUAUCAACGCCAAUGGUCUUGAUCUCAUAAAAAAUAUGCUCACUUUUAAACCACAAGAUCGAAUAACAGCAGCUCAAGCGCUAAAGCAUUCUUAUUUUUCCGAAGAAGCUUGCUGAUUUAGUCUAUGAUUCCUUAAAAUUUCAAUUUGAGUUUUGAAAAAAAACUCGUUUGCGAAUUUUUCUUAUCGAAGAAAAAUUCACUUAAUUUUCGUUUUUGUGUUUUUUCUUUUUUUUAAUUUCUUUUUUCUAGUGUUAAAUUAAGGUUAGUGUUAAAAAGUACGUUUUUUUUUGUAUAAUGUCAUAGGAAUAAGAAAAUAGAAUUACAUUUGUAAUUAUUAACGAAUGGUUACAAAUUUUCACGUCAUUGUGUAUUGUUACGUUAUGAUUAUAAGGUAAUGACUAAUAACGUGAAUUUAUUGACGAAUAAUAAUUAUAUUAUUGAUAAUUAGCUAUUUGUUAGAAAAGUUUAAUUAGAAAUAUUUGAUGUGAAAUUAUUGCAUCAUAGUUAAAAUAGAAUUUUUUUAAAAGUGUGUAUUAAACAUAAGUCUGUAAAAAUUGAGAUUUGCGCCGAUUUCAAGAUUAUUACGUUUUAAAUAAGUUUUUCAUAUUUUUAUAUUCAAGUAAUUUUUAUUCAUAAAAAGAGACUGAUGCUUAAAUUUUUACUAUUCUUUGUAUAAUCAAUUUAAACAUCGGAUUUGCACGACAAACAUAAAUUUUUUGAUACAAAUUAAUAAUUGUUUUACUGAUAUAAUAAUUAAGUAGGUUAUUCAAAUAUUCGUAGCAGAUUAAGGUCUGUUAUUUUAUAUAUUGUUUUAAUUCGAAUUAGAAAAUAGUUUAAAUUUUAAAAGGAAAAUAUUAUUAAGAAAAUAAAUUUUAACGUUUGUAGAUUAAUAACGAUUCUAAGACUGAUGUCUGACAAUUGUAAAUGGAAUGUUUUAUAAAUAACAAUCCAUAUAAAACCAGACAAAACACUGCCAUAAUAUAUAAGAUGAAAUCGUCUAGUACGAAUUUUUUUUACUGUAUUUGUAUUUUUGUGUAUUAUAGUAAUCUACUUUUUUGUAUAAAUACUUUUAUCGACUGCAUUAUCUCGCAUGUUU